AUGUAUUUGUCAUCCAGCUGCAGAGACAGCGGCCAGCCCAAGUCUGAAACAUUGAUGGGUUCAGAAAUGUCUCUGCCCCACCUCGUUCAUGUUCCCUCCACAUCUCCCUUCCAUCUGUGGACAGCAGAAAGCCUCCUCCAUUUUCCCCCGGCCCAGAGAGCAUCCAUUGGUGAACAAGUGAUGGAAUGCUACAUUUCUCUAAAUCUGAUGAAGAGACAAAAUCAUCUAGAUCUUGGAUGGCGUGAGGGUUGUCUGGGCAGCUCUGACAGGAAGGUGUUCCUCUCUAACUGUACCCUACAGAGGGCAGAAACAUAUUCACAGCGGAGGAACUCUCUCAAAGCAGAACCAAACACAAAGAGACGUCUAAAGAGACUUGACCCAAACAAGAUCAGUGCCAUCAGAGAGUGGGCAGUAAAGAGAUACCCAAAGUUUGACCUUCGUGAGAAAGGCAAGGACUGGAAAAUGAGUUUCUCUGUAAUCAGCUUGACCGCCCACUUCUAUCAGUUCAUGGACAAGACAAGGAAGGUAAAGGAAAGGGCAAACCUUGAGAACAGGACAGAAUCAGCACCUACAGUGGUUACGUGUGCAGUAGCGGCAGAGAUUGAUGUUGAACUGUCUGACAGCGACACGGAGCAGAAACGGCAGGAAACACUGAUGAGCCACAUCACAGAAGAUCGUAACACAUCCACAGACUGGGAAUCAAAAGUGCAUCUUGGACCCCCUUAUCGGGAUGUGAAGGUUCCUGAGCAUGCCUUGUAUGCCGCGCAUCUGCGAACACGUCCCGAGCUCAGCGCUCGAUACCUCAUUAAAUUCAUCUUCCCAGAGGAUGUGCUGGUGCGCAGUAACGUGUACGGCGAGACGCGGCAUGGCAUUCAUUGUCAAUAAGACAAUAAGUGAUUGUGAAUAAGGUCUAGUUCUCGGUUCCUGAUCUUCUUCAGAGCACCUGCUGGAACGUUUUCCCUGGAUGAGGCUUGAGGAAGACGGAAGUGACUGGAAGGUUUGCGUAGGCGCUAUAAACCGCACCAUCCGCAAGUUUCGAUACAAGUGCAAGAUGGGCAUACGCUAGUGCUGAGUAUCUGAUCAAAACGACUCUGUGUAGAAAAGGUUUCACCUCCGUAUUGCUGAGGCUGUUUGUGUCAAGAAAUGCUGUCAGUAGCUGUUACUUGUUUUUCUUGAAUGCGCUACUUAUAUUUAAUUCAUGAUUUAUACUCAUUCUUACUUUGAUAUUACUAAUAAUUUUCAACAGGAAAUCUGAAAAAGUCUUUAUUUGGCUAUAUAAAAUAUACAAUAACAUAUGUUUAAACAAAAAUUAAAGUUAAUAUACAAAUUUAUUAAGAACAGAGGAUUUGUUAAUAUAUUACACAUCCAAAACCUCUCUCCAUUGAACUCAGCAGCUAUAGUAGAGAGAACAAAAGACAGCUGUUGUCCAAACAGUCAGUUAUGAACACUGUAUCAGUUCAGAUGAUUGAUUGAAGUGAAUGAGACUGGUUACGUUGUUGCACAUCGAGCGAGUAUGAGUGUCACAUCUUCAGGAGUAUGAACAAUCAUUCCUUGUGUAAGUGCCCUGAAAUAAAGCACAGUAGCACCGUU